AUGCUGAAAAACUACAACCCGAAUGAUGAGGAAUGCCACUUCCACUUCGCCAGUCCCCUGGCUCCCGAGGACGAGUGGUCAACCGAGUCCACGGCAGUCUACAGUCCUGAGACUGCGGCCUCCCCAAGCUCCACCACCGGCGUCGAGACGAGCGUCUCGCCCGGUUCCAUCGAUUCAACACUUCAGCCCGACUGGACGUCGACGCCUCGGGGUGCUCAGGCCGGUGCGUCCGUUUCCUCUGGGUCUGGCCGCGAGGAUGCCUAUGGUGGAACGGUGCCGUUCCGUCUUGGUCUGCCGCUUCGCGCAGGACCAGUUUCGUCGGGAAGUCGACGCUGGCCCUUGUUCGGCCAGCUUGUCGGCUACAACCUUACAGCAAUCAGGCAACUGGACCUAGAGUGCCACGAGGCAUUGAUCAAAGGGCUUAGGUUAGUUCAAGAACCGACACAAACUUACUUAGUACGAAUUCAGUUAUAG